CCAACGAUGGAGUACCACUCAGUUCCCUCCAGUCCCCCUACUCCAGGUCAGGUACCGGGGCACGCCUCCCUUCUCCUCCUCCCCUCCUCCUCUACUCCUCUUCCCUCUUCACCUCCUCCCCUCCUCCUCUUCCUCCUCCCCUCCCACUCCUCCUCCUACCCCUACUCUCACAGAUGACUAAUCUGAACCGAACAGAACCAAGCUGCCCACACACCUCUCUUCUCGGUUUUCUGUCUGUUGCUCACUAGUUUUCUCUGUUUCUAUCACUGUGUUUUCUCUCUCACCCAAGUCCUCUCUCUUUAUUCCUGUUUCAGUCUCCCUUUCUUUACUCUUCACAGGGCAGAGGAGGCAGAGUCGGGCCGCGAGGUAGAGAGAGUAGGUGUGUGGAGAGAGAUGGAGGGGGCGAGCGAGAGAAUGAACUAAAAUGAUAUGCUGAAAUAUUUCUCUCAAAUUAAUCGUUUAUUGUCUGUCUAAUGAUCAACAUAUUAAAACACCAAAAUCAACACCUGUUGCAAUCGGUCACGCACCAACCUCUUGGAGGUCCAGGGGGCACGAAGGUUAGUAUAGGAAGCCUGAUUGGAUAGAUGGUAGUCUGGUGGCUAUCCAACCACAACGCAGUGCUUCCCAAACACAGACUAUAGUUUACUAGAUCACCUGUCUCUGUAUUGUCAAACUGUCUUAAGGUAUUUACACUAGAGGGCAGUAAUAGACUGUAACGUUUUAUAGUCUACAGUAGCCUAUCGGUUAAAGAAGUUUGAACCCAGACGUUGUUGAUCUCAUAUUAUUAUGUUUGAAAAAAAAUCGUAACGAUCUCUGACCACUUAUUUUGGUAUGGGCACAACCAGUGGGGCUAACGUUAUAUCACACAACCUAAAGCAUAGACUCUCAUCGCUCUCGUCUAUAAUACAUUCGACUUUAAAGCGGUUCGACGUUUCCCUGACAGAGCGGUUGGAGUAGUCUGGAGAAUGCGGAGGUGGGUAUGGAUGGAGAUGGUGGAGGUGUUGACCCAUUCUCAGGUGGUUCAGUGCGCCUCCUACACGGUACCGGCUGGCUGCACACUCAGGCUAGGACAUCACCGGCUUCAUAUCACCAGGAGCAGAGCGGGGCAGGAAAAUCACUUUCUCAUGAGUCGCCCCUCCUCCCCGAAUGGACUCAUCGUCUACUGAUCCAAACUGGGAGAUUGCGCGCCAGGUCUGUGAGACUGAAGCUCAUCUCGUUUUGUACAGCGUACCGGUCUUUAUACAAGACAUGUCGAUCUAGACCCGCCGACGCGGUAGAUCGGGUUACAAUAAUGUGUUUUUCAUAACUUUUAAACUGGUCGGUAUCCGGUGUGUGUUACAAACCGAGUUGUGGACGUUUCGGGGGACCGGCUGAGACGGGGCGAUGGUCGUUCAUAAUCCUCCCAAGACGCGAGGACAGAUGCUGGACAGACGCCUGGAUCCCUGUGAACACCCCUCUGUACUACAGCCGCAGGUUCGCGGGGGUCACAGGAGAGGGAGGUGUAAGGGUUCGGACGGGAGCAGCUCCUCUGACACCACCACCACCAGCUUCGUCAGACAGGGUUCGGCCGACUCCUACACAAGCCGUCCAUCUGACUCGGAUGUGUCCCUGGAGGAGGACAAGGAGGCGCAGCGCAGAGAGGCUGAGAGACAGGCCCAGACCCAGCUGGACAAGGCAAAGACCAAACCAGUGGCGUUCGCUGUCCGUACUAAUGUCCACUACAGCUCAAGUCAAGACGAUGACGUCCCGGUGCCCGGCAUGGCCGUUUCCUUCGAGGCUAAAGACUUCCUGCAUGUCAAAGAGAAGUUCAACAACGACUGGUGGAUCGGGCGGCUGGUGAAGGAGGGCUGUGAGAUUGGCUUCAUCCCCAGCCCUGUCAAGAUAGAGAGCUCCCGCCUCCUCCAGGAGCACAGGGCCAAGCAGGGCAAGUUCCACUCCAGUAAAUUGGGAGCGAUUUCCUCAACUAGUUUAGGGGAGGUGAUUCCUAACUCGCGUAAAUCCACGCCACCCUCCUCUGCGUUUGACCUGGACGCUACUGGUCUAGAGGGCGAGGAGGCUCCAAGCUCCCCUAAAGCCAGCCCCAGCACCCUGUCCUCUACGCUAGGUAGAGAGAAGAGAAUUCCCUUCUUUAAGAAGUCGGAACACGUUCCUCCCUAUGAUGUGGUGCCGUCCAUGCGGCCCGUGGUUCUGGUCGGUCCGUCUCUGAAGGGCUACGAGGUGACGGACAUGAUGCAGAAGGCGCUGUUUGACUUCCUGAAACACAGAUUUGAGGGAAGGAUCACCAUCACCAGGGUGACGGCGGACAUCUCUCUGGCCAAGCGCUCGGUGCUGAACAACCCCAGCAAGCACGCCAUCAUCGAGCGCUCCAACACGCGCUCCAACCUCGCGGAGGUCCAGAGCGAGAUCGAGAGGAUCUUCGAGCUGGCCCGGACGCUGCAGCUGGUGGUACUGGACGCCGACACCAUCAACCACCCCUCCCAGCUGGGGAAGACCUCCCUGGCCCCCAUCCUCAUCUACGUCAAGAUCAACUCCGUUAAGGUCCUCACCAGGCUUAUAAAGUCCAGGGGGAAGUCCCAGGCAAAGCACCUCAACGUCCAAAUGGUCGCGUCCGACAAGCUAUCGCAGUGCACUCCUGAGAUGUUCGACAUCAUCCUGGACGAGAACCAGCUGGAGGACGCCUGCGAGCACAUGGCCGACUACCUGGAGGCCUACUGGAAGAGCACCCACCCCCCCAGCUCCAGCCCGCCCCAGGACCCCCCGCCCGAACCGGAGGAGGAGCCCCUGCCCAUCAGCCCCCCCCCUCCCGCCGCAGGCUUCCAGAGCGGAGGGAGCGAGCAGAGAGCAGACCGGGGAGGAGGAGGAGGAGGAGGAGGAGGAGGAGGAGGAGGAGGAGGAGGAGGAGGAGUGGAAAGGAAGGCCUCAGAUCAUCAUCAUCAUCAUCAUCACCAGCAGCAGCAGCGGCAGGAGAGCCAGGAGCAGGCCGACGGAGAGGAGGAAGAGGAGGAGGAGGAGGAGGAGGAGGAGGAGCAGAAUGAGGAGGAGCGUCCCCUGAGGACAGACUCCUCCAGGAGGCCUCAGCACGUCCACCACCGCUCCUCCACCGGCCGCGCCGACCAGCCCCACCACCACCACCACCACCAUCACCACGGCAACAGCAGCCGGGCGCGCGGCCUCUCCCGCCAGGAGACGCUUGACUCAGAGACCCCCGAGAGCCGGGACUCCGCGCACACGGAGCCACGGGUGCUGCCCCACCCCCAGCCACACCCCCGACAGCCCCGCCAUCAGCAGGAACAGGAACAGGAGGAGGAGGAGGAGGAGGAGGAGGAGGAGGAGGAGGAGGAGGAGUGUGAGGACGGCGGUGGAGGUGGCGGACGGUACAGGGACCACCACCACCACCACCACCGCCGGGGGGGCGGGGUGGAGCGUGAGCAGGACCACAACGAGAGGAACAAGCAGCGCUCACACCCCCAGCCCCGUCCGCGGGACCCCCACCACCACCACUACUGUGAGGGGGGCGGGGCCUCCCGGAAGAGAGGCGAGGCAGGGGAUUGGUCUAGAGACCCUUACAUCCACCAGUGACCCAACCAACAAACACACACACACACACACA